GAUGAGACGGUCGUCAGCUCCGAGCAGGGCAGUGUCCUGAGCCAUAUCAUAUCACAGUUACGCCCAGGCGCCGACCUCAGCCGCGUAACAUUGCCAACUUUUAUUCUCGAACCGCGCAGCAUGCUGGAACGGAUAACAAACUUCAUGGCACAUCCUGAGACUCUUCUCACACCUCCCACCAUUGACGACCCUGUCCAGCGAUUCGUGGCAGUCACCACAUUUUACAUGAGCGGAUGGCACAUCAAACCACCAGGCGUCAAGAAACCUUUGAACCCCAUCUUAGGGGAGAUAUUCACCGGCUAUUGGGACUACUCGGAUGGCACCAGGGGAUACUACAUCUCUGAGCAGACCAGCCAUCACCCUCCUAAAAGCAGCUAUUUCUUCAUGGCGCCAGAGCACCACAUCCGGAUCGACGGCACAUUGAAACCACGAAGCAAAUUCCUGGGCAACAGUGUAGCCAGUUUCAUGGAAGGCAUUGCCGUUCUCAGACUUCUCAAUAGGAAUGAAAGAUAUUUCGUGACGCAGCCAAACAUAUACGCACGCGGCAUUCUCUUCGGAAAGAUGAAAUAUGAGCUUGGCGAUCAUGCGGUCGUUCGAUGCCCGGAGACGGGUCUAGAGGCAGACAUUGAGUUCAAGGUGAAAGGCUGGGUUGGCGGUACUUACAAUGCGAUUGCCGGCUACAUCAAAGACAGCGAGACCGGAAAGAAUCUCUACGAGCUGAGCGGACUUUGGAACGCGCAAAUGUACAUCAAGGACCUUUCGACCGGCCAAAAGGAGUUGCUCUUCGACGCGUCGCAUGCAAAGCCGAGCAUUCCGAAGAGCAGGCCAUUGGAAGAGCAAGCCCCUAGAGAAAGUCAGAAGUUAUGGCACAGCACGACCGCAGCAAUUAAGAAAGCUGAUCAGAGGACUGCGACUGAUGAGAAGUCGCGGAUAGAGGAUCAGCAAAGGAAAGAGGCGGCUGAAAGGGGAGACCAGGAGUGGAAGCCAAGGCUGUUUAGAGCUGCGCCUCCGGGAGAUGAACAAAAUCUGGAUUGGGUCAUUGAUGCGGAAGUGGACCACACUGCACCAGUGGAGAGGCAGAUUGAGCAGAUACUGGCUAUUGCUCCAAUCCUGCCUGGACAG